AUGCUUAUGCUCGAGGAAUGCUCGAAGCUCCUCGGCGAUGGUCUCCUGCGCUUGCCUAAGAAACACAGUUACCGUUAUGGCCCUGCGGCCGAAAGAGACCUACUAGAGUUGCUGUUCCGAUCGCUCGUGGGGCACAACAAUGAACUCCUGCAGCAACUGUUCCCAGAAGGCACCCCAGCAGGACUAUGGAAGCUGGCAGAAGCACAGGGUGCCCGGGAGGGAGCCGAAUAUAGCGAGGCAGCACGAGGCAAGCGUUGCGGCCAUAUCUUCCGAGCUGGUGAGGCCACAUAUCGAUGCGUAACAUGCGCUGCGGACGAUACCUGCGUACUGUGUAGUCGAUGCUUCGAUUCUUCCGACCACACAGGUCACCAAUAUCAAAUUUCGCUAUCCUCCGGGAACUGCGGCUGCUGUGAUUGCGGUGAUGACGAAGCAUGGAGGCUUCCACUUUUCUGUGCCAUCCAUACUGAUAGCGGCAACGCCAAGGGAAAAGAGCGAGCACAGCGAGAAUUGCCUUCUGAUCUUGUGGCCUCAAUUCGCUUGACCAUCUCACGUGCGCUCAACUAUUUCUGUGAUGUCAUUUCUUGCUCUCCGGAACAAUUGCGCUUGCCCAAGACUGUGGAGGGCAUUCGACAGGAUGAAGUCGAGUCUCGGCUGCGGCCUGAACAUUAUGGCGACGGCGAUGAAGCAGAGGAAGAGCCUGAGUUUUCGGUCAUGCUAUGGAAUGACGAAAAGCAUACUAUGCGUGAUGUUUCUCAUCAGGUUACCCGUGCUUGUCGUGAGAGAGAUAGCUUUGGUGUUGCGCGGGCUCAUGAAACGAACGACUUUGGCCGCAGUGUGAUCAAGUACUCCAAGGACCUCGAUAGGCUGUUGAAUGUUUCAAAAAUUAUCGAAGAUAUCAAGGUUACUGUGACGGUGCGUUCUUCGCGGGAUACUUUCCGCGAGCAGAUGUGUGCUACGAUAGUGGAAUGGUUGGCUGAUAUUGCCGGCUGUGAAAUUCUUGAGGACAACGAGAUCUUCCGACAAAUUAUUUGUGAAGAGAUGCUUGCCCCGUGGGAAAAAGGCAGCGGUGGCUACAAUGAAGAUAUCGGCAUGCAGGGUAUCGACGAUCACCAGAAGACUGAGAACCUACCAGGUCGCACCCUGUUGAUCAAUCUUCCUACGCAUGGUCAAGUCAUUUUGACCACCGAUGAUGACGAUCUUCUAGAAGAAGACGACGUGAUUGAUCAAGAGGAGGAUGAGGAUGAAGAUUAUGUUGAGGCUCAUGACGCCGACGACGAGGAUGACGACGAAAUGGAAAUGGAACUCACCCGUCUGCAAGCCGAACAGGAUGGUCAAGACGAUGACGAUGAGAUGGACCUGGAGGGUGCAGAAGAUGAGCUUGCCUUAGCCGAGCGCAUUCUCGCCAGUCUGAAUGGCCAGCCGCCACCUCCUCCUCGCCCAGCGCCCGCUCAGUCCGCAAACCGGGCCUCAGCCGAACGCGAACAGUCUGCAUCUCGGAGUCCUGCACCCGAAUCUGGUCCUCCUGGCUACAUCUCUAUCCCCAAAACCCCUGGCCCUACCUACAGCAGGCAGAGACCAUCCCUCACAGAGAAUCACUGGAAAGUGCGGCCACCUAUGCCUUCAGCGGGUGAGAAGGUGCCUCCUUACGAAGAUUUGUGGCAACGUACCCGCCUGGACUGGCUAGUGCUUUAUGACUUGCGCCUGUGGAAGAAAACACGAACUGAUCUGCGUGAUCUCUACAUUAGCACUGUUGUCAAUGUCCCCCAGUUCAAGCGCAUUAUGGGUCUGCGUUUGUCUGCGCUGUACACAGCCCUGGCCCAAUUGUAUCUUGUUGCAGACCGCGAGCCGGACCACUCCAUUGUCAAUUUGUCAUUGCAGCUUCUUACAACACCUUCCAUCACCGAAGAGAUUGUUUUACGAGGAAACUUUUUGACAAAGGUGAUGUCAAUCCUGUAUACAUUUUUAACAACGAGACAAGUGGGUGAACCCUCAGCCGUUGACCCCAAUGCCACAUUGGCGUUUGAUGCUGGCUCAGUCACCAACAGACGUCUCUACCACUUCUUCCUCGACCUUCGAUACCUUCUUCAAUCCGAAUAUGUCCAACAUCGUGUACGGACUGAAGACCAAUAUCUUCCUCAGUUCCUCGAUCUCGUCAAAUUGUCACAAGGCAUUUGCCCCAACGUCCGCGCUGUUGGCGAACACGUCGAGUACGAAACAGACGCUUGGAUCAGUGCCUCUAUUCUCAUGCGGGAGAUCAACCGGCUGUGCCGUCAAUUCUGCGAGGCUUUCCGCAACCCUGAAAUUGACGAUGGCGUGAAUCUACUUCGAGCGAUUAAAACAACAACCAGCACCGCGAUUAUUCAUUCCGCUGGUCUCGAACGCAAGCGGUUCGAUCAGGCAGAAAUCAAGGAGGAGCUUCGCUUCAAGCUGCUGCCACCUUUCGAUUUCGAAGUCGGCACCGCCGGCCAAGUCCCUUGUCACCGUGUAGUUGAGUUCGUGGUCGAGCGUGGAUCGAUCAGUUUCCACCAUGCGCUUCACUACACUUUGUCUUGGCUUGUUGAGUGCGGGCGAAAUAUCAGUAGCGACACAUUGCGCAGUGUUCUUUUCGAUGCUGCCAUCAACGCAAAGGGCAAGAUCGAAGCUGCCAAGGCUGCCAACUCUAGCAGCGUUGAUGAUGUUCUGCUUGCCCUCGGGCCGGAAGAUCUGCUUCUUGCCAUGUUCGACUAUCCGCUCAGAGUUUGCGCAUGGCUAGCACAGAUGAAGGCCGGAAUGUGGGUUCGCAAUGGUCUCAGUCUUCGUCAUCAGAUGUCCCAGUACCGCGGGGUCUCCUCUCGUGACUUUGCCUACUACAGAGACAUAUUCCUUCUCCAGACAGCUCUGGUGACUUGCGAUCCUAGCAGGGUUCUUGCCUCCAUUGCCCAUAGGUUUGGCAUGGUUGAGUGGAUGGCUCGUAACUACAUGCCUCGUCCUGGGUAUGAAGACACCCAGAUCGUGGACGUAGCAGAGGAGUUCGUCCACUUAUUGGUCAUUUUGUUGACCGACCGGACAUCUUUGACGGCCAUCGACGAUAGUACUCACUUAACACACGAGAACAUCAAGCGUGACAUCGCUCACGUCCUCUGUUUCAAGCCGCUCUCCUUCUCCGAUCUCUCGACCCGUCUGAGUGACAAGCUUCUAGAAUCUGACAUGUUCCAAGACGUGUUGGAAGAUGUUGCGAACUUCCGUCCUCCUGAGGGCUUGAGUGACUCUGGCACUUUCGAACUGAAGCCGGAACAUCUAGACCUUAUCGAUCCCUACAGUGCGCACUACACUAAGAACCAAAGAGAUGAGGCAGAAAACAUCUACAAGGAGUGGAUGGCAAAGAAGACAGGCAAGAAUGCCUCUGAUAUUGUCUUCGAGCCUAAGCUCCGGCCCAUCAGCUCCGGCGUGUUCUCUAAUCUCCCUCGGUUUGCUGGCACUAUGCUGUUUGCACAGAUUGUGCACCAAUGUCUGGAAUAUGUCAUUUCUUCAAAAGAGUGCACACCAAGCAUUCCACCCACCCGCGUUGAGACUUUCCUCCAAGUGAUUCUGCAUCUUAUUCUGGCUGCUGUUUUGGAAGAUGACUCUGAAGAGACUGAUAUGGUAGAAGAUCACUCUAACUCGUUCAACUGGAACGCUUUGUCCAAAGCACGAGAGAUCAAGGCAGGCAAUUUGACCAUCGUCGGGUUGCUAGAGAGAAUUUCCGUCACGACCGAAUUCUCAGCUUCUGGUCCUAAGAUUCGUCACAUUCUAAAACGUCUGUGGCAAAAGCGUCCUCGUACCUACUCUUCUGCAACUGCGUCUCUCAGGUUCCCCUUCGAUCGAAUCGACACCAACUCGCCUGCAAUCGAUGCGGACAAUGAUAGGGAGACCAAAAAGAAGCAGGCACUCGAGAGACAGGCCAAGGUCAUGGCCCAGUUCCAAGCUCAGCAGCAACAAUUCUUGACCCAACAGGGUAACAUUGAUUGGGGCGAGGAAGACUUCAGUGAUAUGGAGUCCGACGCGGAUGCUACCCCAGAGAAAAAAACAUGGAAAUAUCCAAGUGGGACUUGUAUCCUCUGUCAGGAAGAGACCAAUGACUCUAGACUAUAUGGUACAUUUGCGCUGGUUCAAGAUAGCACAAUCCUACGUCAGACUGAUAUCAGGGAUUCUGAUAGAAUUCGUGAGGUGCUCAGAACACCCUCGAGUUUGGAUCGAUCUGCUGAGGAAAUGCGGCCAUUUGGUGUUGCUGGAGAGAACCACACUACGAUCAAGCGUCUGGACUCUUCUGGUGGUGAGGUAAUUAGCGAGAAGAUUGGGCUGAGCAAAGGAUUCAACCCCAAGAGCACCCUUCGUGGACCCGUGACUACAGGCUGUGGACACAUCAUGCAUUACUCCUGCUUUGAGCAAUACUAUGGAGCAACGCAAAGACGCCACACUCAACAAAUUGCACGCCAGCACCCCGAGAACACAACCCUCAAAGAGUUCGUCUGUCCACUCUGCAAGGCUCUUGGAAACGCAUUCCUUCCCAUCACUUGGAAGGGCAAGGAGGAGUCUCCUCUUCUCCCGCUUGGUCCUGCCGACUCGUUUGAUCAGUGGAUCGAUUUAGGCCUGAAACAUGCCUUGAACCAACAGCAAAACUUCCCAGUCUUGAUGGAGAAAGAAAAGGCCUAUUCUCAGCCAUACACUGACCUGUUCAUUGAUUAUCUCUCCAAGUCUUUGGUUCCACCGCUUUCCACCAAGAUUGAUCAGCUGAUGGCGUCGGCUUUCCCGGCAAGCGCGGCUGCGCAGUACAUUACAUCUGCGCGCAUGCCCAUGCCAGGAAUCUUCCCUCCUACCGAAGAUCUCUCGCCAUCCAGCCCUCUUCAACAGUUGUCAAGUCCCUCGGAUAGUUCCAUGUCAGAGUUGCUCCAGAUCUACAGGCGUCUCAAGAAGACUUUGAAUACUAAUCAUGUCACCUCGUCAUUCAACAACACUACCGAAGCGAAUAACAGCGAUGACCUUGUGCAUACCGAUUCUUUGAUUCGAAGCUUCGGUUUCAGCAUCGCUGCUGUGGAGAUCGCGCAGCGUGGUGUCGAGUCCGAGCCUGGCUCUACAUUGCUGGAUAAGAUUCCCCCGCUGACAUUAACGCAUUUACGCGUUCUGUCGGAGACUGCGUUGACAUAUGCUGCUGUUGGAUGUCUUCACUCAACUUCAACAUCUAAGACUCGCCCAACCAACGAGUUCCAUGAGAUGCACCGACAGAAAAUCUGCCAGCUGCUUGCCGGUCACCCUUGCUUGAGUGGGACGCCGUUGCUCAACGAUGUUCGCAAUAUUGAGCCCCUGCUCGCAGUUGAUACUUUUGUCUUCCUCGCGGAGUCUUCAUUGUCUUUGCUUCCCGUUCUUCACAUCGAUAUCCGUCACCUGGUGCACAUGUGCUUCGUGGCUGAAAUUGUCAAGGUUGCUGUUACUUUUGUUCUUUGGCCACUGGGCUUGAAGGAGGAGCUUGUGAAUCACCCAGAGGACCAUGUUUCGCAGGCCAACAAUCUUUCUGAAGAGCAAUUUGGAGUAACGAAACAGUUCUUUGACUCUAUUGUCGCUGAACUAAAGGCCAACUCCGUCGGCCGCGCUGAAGGUUCUUCCUUCCCCGCCGAGAGUGGUUACGUCAAAGAUGGAGAGGAAACUGCGACGGCCGGGAUUAUUGCUGCUGUGCGUCGACUUGUCAUGAGCUACGGCUUGGCUUUCCUGCGCAAGGCAGUUAUUCUUCUCCACGUUCAGCACGGCGUGGAGUUCCCUAACACCGGUUUCGACAUCGAGUCAACCGAGCUUGAGCGACUCACCAAGGCCCUCCACCUGCCUUCCAUCGACGAGAUCCUCAUGUCUGUCAAGCCUGCACGCAAGAGCAACAGUCCCUUCGAUGCGGUCAUUUCGGGGUGGAUCUUCCACUGGAAUGCCUCGCGCUCAGGUAUCCGCUUCGAAGACCACCGACUCUGGCCCAGUCUGUCCCACCCUGCCAUCUUCGAGCUUGUCGGUCUGCCCAAGUACUUCGAUAACCUGAUCGAAGAAGCAAACCGUCGCCGUUGCCCGAACUCCAAGAAGGAGCUCAGCGACCCCAGCAUUUGUCUGUUCUGUGGAGAAAUUUUCUGCUCGCAGGCUGUUUGCUGUAUGACAAACAAGCUCGGUGGCUGUAACCAGCAUCUUCAAAAAUGCGGCAAGAACAUCGGUCUAUUCAUCAAUAUUCGCAAGUGCACCGUCCUCUACCUCCACAACACAAACGGAUCCUGGCACUACGCGCCCUACCUCGACCGCCACGGCGAAGUCGACCCCGGUCUCCGCCGUAACCGUCAACUCAUCCUCAACCAGAAACGGUACGACAGGCUCCUGCGCGAUGUUUGGCUGUCUCACUCCAUCCCUGCUACGAUCAGUCGUAAGCUGGAAUCGGAGAUUAACAAUGGCGGUUGGGAGACUAUCUAA